GUGUCAGCUUCACAGCAAAAAAGUCACUUUUCUCUGCGUAAUUAGGUUUUGCUUCUCCGUGCGAUAAACACUCAAACUGCGCCGCCGCGAUGCUGGCGUUCGUCAUCCGCCGCCAUAGCCGUAGUAUCCCGGCACACUUCCGACCCAGUAACCUAUUCUCUUCUUCCUCCGCUGCCUCCGCAGUUCCUCCGCUGAAACCUUUUUCCGUUGUCGAGUACCUAGUAGAUUCCUGGGGUUUAUCUGCCGCCGAGGCAUCCAAGGUCUCCCGUUCCUUAUCAGAUCUCAAAUCUAGUAAGAAACCCGACUACUUCUUCAACUUCUUGAAGUCCCAGGGCUUCACCGACUCCCACAUCAAGAGGAUUAUCAAUGUCAACCCCAGAAGUGUCUGCGUAAAGGUGGAGCCAAAGUUCCGAUCUUGGCUUGACGCGGGAAUCUCGCAGUCCGACCUAGUAGAGAUAAUUACAUCAUAUCCACGUAUCCUCCACUAUAGCAUCCGUUCUGUCGUCUCCAGGUUGGAGUUCUGGGAUCGUCUGUUUGGAUCGAGGAAGCUUCUUGUUAAGCGUUUAAAGGAAAAAUGGUUUUUUACCUGCAGUGUUGAGAAAAGAAUCCUUCCCAACCUCAAGUUUCUUAUGGACGUGUGCGGUAUCUCAGAAGAGAAGGCGUCUCGAGCAAUGAGAAGCCGCCCUGAGUUACUUGCCAAGAAACUAGAUUCACUCCAGACUUUGGUCCGAAGAGCCGAUGAGCUGGGCGUCCCUCGACAAUCUCCAAUGUAUCCACUCUUGCUUAUUGUUCUUUAUGGUAUCGACAAAGAAAAAUUCGAAGCCAAAAGCAAAUUUUUUAAGAGCCUUGGUUGGUCGGAGUCAGACUUCUUCACUGCAGUCAGGACAACACCAACCUUGUUAACUAUUUCUCAACCUUACCUACAGAGGAAGAUGGAAUUUUUCGUUAAGGAAGUUGGCUAUUCUCCUUCCUUCAUAACUCAACGUCCAUUAAUUCUGCUAUUUAGUUUGGAUAAAAGGGUGAUUCCUAGGUUUCAGGUGUUGGAGUUGUUGAAGUCCGAAAAUUUAUGGACUGCAAAAGGGAAUUUCUUCUAUUAUAUGAAGCUAUCUGACAAAAAGUUCAUUGAGAAGUUUGUGAUUCCAUAUAAAGAGAAGGUCCCUAAGCUAGUAGACAUUUAUUCCUUGCCGUCAACGGAGGUGUCCGUCUAAUUUUGAGUUCUAGCAAUCCCUAUAAAAGAUAUUUUUAGAAUAUGUAUUCAGAAAGAGAUCAAAGAAUGGUAUGAGAGUUUCAAGAGAAUUUUGUGAUGGUAUUUGAGGCAGCACCGAGCUCACAAACAUGAAGAUGAAAGGUUUGUCACAUCCUGAUGCGUCCCCAAGUUGGAGUUCUGGGAUCGUCUGUUUGGAUCGAGGGAGCUUCUUCUUAGGCAUUUGAAGGAAAAAUGGUUCUUCGGCUUCAGUAUCAAGAAAAGAAUCCUUCCCAAUCUCAAGUUUUUCAUGGGUGUGUUCGGCUUCAGUAUCAAGAAAAGAAUCCUUCCCAAUCUCAAGGUUUUCAUGGGUGUGUGCGGUAUCUCCGAAGAGAAGGCGUCUCAAGCAAUGAGAAGCCGCCCUGAGUUCCUUGCCCAGAAUCUAGAUUCACUCCAGUCUUUGGUCGGCAGAGCCGACGUGCUGGGGGUGCCCUGACAAUCUCCAAUGUUCCCAUUGUUACUCGUCAUUCUCCAGAGUAUCAGCAAAGAAACCUUGGAAGCCAAACAUAAAUUAUUGUCGGGCCUUGGCUUGUCAGAGUCAGACUUCUUCACUGCAAUCAGGAAGAAGCCAACUUUGUUGAAUAUUUCUCAACCUAACAUGCGGAGAAAGAUAGAGUUCUUCAUCAAGGAAGUUGGCUAUCAGCCUUCUUUCGUUGUCCAACAGCCAUUGUUACUUCUGUUUAGCUUGGAGAAGAGGGUGAUUCCAAGAUUUCGGGUGAUGGAGUUGUUGAAGUCGAAAAAAUUAUGGACCAAACAAAUCGUGUCUGCUCUCUUGUUUAUGCUUAUCUGAUAAAAAAUUCAUGGACAGGUUUGCUCUCCCAUAUCAAAAAGAAGCUCCCUGAGCUACUUGACAUUUGUGAUUCGCCAUCAAGCGUGCCGUGCCUCUGAUUGAGUUCCAGAAUCAUUAUGGAAGAGGUUUUUUUGGAAGAUUUAUUCAGAUGUGAGACUCUUCUACUUGGGCUUUUAAUUUAUGCUGUUGCAUGGCAUUUUCUGGGUACUAUCUCCAUCCAAAUUAUGUUCUGUCGGUGUAGUGAUUGUUUCUAUCAACACAUGCAGUAAAGCUAUUAUGUUUUCUUCA